UUUGGCUUGGGAGACGACGGACAUUUCCAUUAUUUAAUCUUGGACCUAGCUUGAACAUGAUGGUCGCCCUACAAACGUUUGCAUGAAAGCCGAGUUCUUGAGUCGACAACAUCGCGCUCGCACGUACACACGUUUGCUCAUUUCUUCGAGAGCGCCGAAUGCGAACUAUUACGAUAAAAUCAGCCCUGAUGACGACCGUUCCCCGUGUAUGUCAAGAGGUGGGGUGAGCUGUGAGAUAGGAAUAAGUUUUGGUGAUGCAGUGACGUACUCACACGUAUUCCUUCACCAGAACAUAGAAUAA